UAUAAAUCAGCGACUGAGAUCAAUAAACAAAUAAACAAAUAAACAAACUACAGUAGCAUUAGUCACGUUCAUGGUAGUGAGCUCGAGGCUAUUAUUAGAAAGUUACGUCACGGCACAGUGGAGCGCGCAUGCUUCUCUGAGAACAUCAUACUCACCGCCGUUAGAACUGCGGGUCCCUCCCUCUCCCCACAUGGACCGGAACCACGCAGCACCACGUGACCACGGAGCCCUGGACUGAGCGAGCAUCUCACACCGCAUGAUGGCUGCGGAGGAUGCGGCCGCGCGGUCCCGAACCGGAGCCCUGCUCUCCCGCGGGGCUCCGCUGUCUCCCUCCCGCCUGCUGCUGCUCUCCCUGGCCGCCUGCUCUCUGCUCCCCGCCCCGGCGCUCGGCUUGCUCGGCUUUCGGCCGGAGGAGACCGGGGCGGAGCUGUCCGUGGAGGACGGGGUGCUGAAAGCCAUCGAGGGGACCCGCUUCAUGCUGCGGGUUUAUUACUCCACCUCCCCGCAGAGGCUCAACCGCACCGCGGGGACUCGCGCCAACAACGCCGCGCCCUGGAUCGCCUUCAUCGAGGAGCCAACUCCCGGGCGAGAGGGACAAGUUCACCCGAAGCGGAACAUGUGCAUGGACAAGAACGCCAGGACGUCCGACAUCGAGGUUUUAGGUUCUUUCAAGUCUGCUUCCAGUCAGAACUCGGUGCUGGUGGAGCUGCUGGCCAAGGACCUGCGGAGGGGGGAGAAGAUCAAAUACUACUCCAUGUGCGCCUUCGACGGGUCCAAAUGGGAACACUACCGGACCCGGGAUUUCUGGGUGGCUGUGGCGGAGCGCUCGGCUGUCCCGGAGCUCUGGCUGCAGGUGUUGGUGUCCGUGCUGCUGCUCGGACUGUCAGCCCUGUUCAGCGGGUUGAACCUCAGCCUGCUGGCGCUGGACCCGGUGGAGCUGCAGGUCCUCCAGAACAGCGGCACCGACAAGGAGCAGAACUACGCGCGCAAAAUCGAGUCUGUGCGUCGGCACGGUAACUACGUCCUGUGCACUCUGCUGCUGGGGACCGCGAUCAUCAACGCCUCGCUGGCCGUGUGGAUGUGCCAGAUCCUGGGCAUGACCUGGCUCUCCACGGUCAUCUGCGCCUUCGGCAUCUUCUUCAUCGGGGAGAUUCUUCCACACUCGGUCGCGUCGCGUCACGGUCUGGCCAUCGCCUCCAAAACCAUCUGGGUGACGCGGCUGCUGAUGGUGCUCUCCUUCCCCAUCUCCUACCCCAUCAGCAAGCUGCUGGACCUCAUCCUCAACCAGGAGAUCUCCAACUUUUACACCAGAGAGAAACUCCUGGAGAUGCUGCGCGUCACCGACCCCUACCACGACCUGGUCAAAGAGGAGCUCAACAUCAUCCAGGGCGCGCUGGAGCUGCGCACCAAAACCGUGGAGGACGUCCUGACGCCGCUGACCGACUGCUUCAUGCUGGCCUCGGACGUAGUGCUGGACUUCAACACCAUGUCGGAUAUCAUGCAGAGUGGAUACACGAGGAUACCAGUGUUUGAGAACGAGCGGUCCAACAUCGUGGACAUCCUGUUCGUCAAGGACCUGGCGUUCGUGGACCCGGACGACUGCACCCCGCUGAAGACCAUCACCCUGUUCUACAAACACCCGCUGCACUGCGUCUUCAACGACACCAAACUGGACGCCAUGCUGGAGGAGUUCAAGAAAGGGAAGUCCCACCUCGCCAUCGUGCAGCGAGUGAACAACGAGGGCGAGGGCGACCCUUUCUAUGAGGUGAUGGGCAUCGUCACCCUGGAGGACGUCAUCGAGGAGAUCAUCAAAUCAGAGAUCCUGGACGAGACAGACCUCUACACUGAUAAUCGCUCAAAGCGCCGCGUCUCUCACCACGAGCAGAAGCAGCAGGACUUCUCCAUCUUCAAACUGUCAGAGAACGAGAUGAAAGUGAAGAUUUCUCCUCAGCUCCUCCUGGCAACCCACCGCUUCCUGUCCACAGAGGUGGAGCCCUUCAAACCAGCUCACAUCUCAGAGAAGAUCUUGUUGAGGCUGAUCAAACACCCCAGUGUGGUUCAGGACCUCAAGUUUGAUGAGAAGAACAAGCGAGCACAGCAGCACUUCCUCUUCCAGCGCAACAAACCGGUGGACUACUUCAUCCUGGUGCUGCAGGGUCGAGUUGAGGUGGAGUUUGGUAAAGAGGCGCUGAAGUUUGAGAAUAGCGCCUUUUCUUACUUUGGGGUACCUGCCAUCAUGCCAACAGUCCACAGAUCCCCCUCCCGCAGCAGUGGUUUGGACCGCUCUGAGUCCAUGCUGUACGGAGGAAGCAUGAGCCAGCUGAACGGAGGGGGGAACGUCUACCUGCCGGACUACUCUGUCAGACAGCUCACACACCUUCAGAUCAUCAAGAUCACCCGGAGCCACUACCAGAACGCUGUAACAGCCACCCGGAUGGACAGCUCUCCUCAGACGCCUGACGCCGACGCCCGUCUGACAGAAAGCAACACUGUGACCCCAGAGCCUCCGGCGACGGAGCAUGGGGCCACCCUAAUGCCCCCGCAGCACACCACCGGGGCCACCCUCAUGCCCCCACCCAGAGAGCCCACCCGGCCCGGCUCAGCCCGAACACGAGGACAGCAGUCCAGCGUCCCACAUAGCACCUCCCUGCUGAACGAGAUGAACCGCAUCGUCCGCAGUAAGUCUGACGGCCAGAAGAGUCCCAGCGACUCAGUGUUUCUCAGGAUGGAUGAGAUCCCCUACAUCAGAGAGGACAGAUCUGAGACAGAGGCACACACUGACAUGGCCUCUGUUCCCAUAGAAACGGACACGUCUCCUUUCAUCAGCAGCCUAUCGCUGAGCGGCUCAGAGGACACACUCGGCAAGAAACUCCUGCUCAAACUCAGCCACAAAAAGAGGAAAAAAUCCCGCGAAGGAGAGAAAACACCAGAGGACAUUUCAGAACAGCCGCUGGUGAAAACCUAGCAGAGUGUGAGAGAUAGAGACCCGAACACUGCAUCGUCUUUAAGUUGUUUGUAAAGACGAUGUGGUUGGUGAACUACAGCUAUCAGAGUUUUAUCUGAAGACAACACGACCCCCACUGUAGGAGAUUAUAAAGUGGACCCAUCACCAGGAAUGUACUGAACACAUGGAUGGAAGAUACUAUUUUAUCAAAGUCCUGGGGGGUUGCAGCUUUGGCAAUAUGCAUUAAACCGUAGCUUCUCAUCUUCACAGGUUUUUCAUGCUGAUGCUCGUGUAUAAACACAUGACUGUGAAUGUAAAAGGUUUGUAGUAAAAAUAGUUUUUAUACACUAUAUACCCUCUUCAUGUCAUCACUUCUCCAACGGAGCUCAAGGGAAUAACAGUACACAGGAAACGGAUGGAAGACACCAAAGAUGUUGCUGUUUUGUACAUACUGCUCCAAAUUGCACACGGGAAAACAGAACAGAAGUAAAGUAGCAACUUUGUGUUCAGGUUUUUGAUUUGAAAGGUUUGGUUAACGCUUGUUACCUGCUAAUUAUAUCUAUAGUCUAACAUGUUGAUGUACAAAAGCAUAAUUUUAACCUUUUAUUCAUCUACGAACAAGCCUUUCAUUUUCAGAUUGUGUCUGGAAGUCUUUCCAAAAUGCAGAUUGACACCUAUAUAAAUAUAUAAAGAUGUAUGACAUGACAGCUCUCCAAAAAUGAAGCCAAAACAUAUUGAUCGCCCCCUGGUGGCUGACUGUAUGUUAGCAGAUGGGACAUGGGCCAAAAGUGUAAUUUUUUCUGAUAAGUUUGAUUUUAAUUAGUUAUUUGAAGCUAUAAAAAAAGAUGGUUCACGUCAUGAUUGACAGCUGAGCCCUGCUCUUGAUUGAGUUGGCCCGGUGUAUGAGCGGGACUUCGAUACUGCGCCAACCCAAUUGCACAGACUCUGGCUUUAUCCGGCCGUAUCCCGGAUAAAUUUGGCUUCAUUUCUGUACAGUGGGAGGAAGUGGAGACACGGCGUCCAUCUUUUAUAUGUCGACGAUUGACACAUUCUCAUUCAAGUACAUGAAGUGGCCAAAAGUAUGUGGACACCCCUGUUUUUCUUAGAGUGAUAUUUUUGGACUUGGUUUGUGUCAGCAGUUUUUUUGUGUAAGGACUUGACUAGCCUGCACAGAGCCCCGACCUCAACCCCCUCUGACUCCUUUGAGACGAACUCGAACAACGACUUGGAGCCAGACCUGAUUACCCAAUAUCAGUGUCGGACCUCACUGAUGCUCUAGUGGCUGAACGGGAGCAAAUCCCUGCAGCCAGGUUCAAACAUCUGGAGGAAAGAUGUUCAACCACCCCACAAGCGUAAAAGUUUUGGUGUCCACAUACUUUUGAUCAUGUCGGGUGUAUCAGUUCAGUAAUAACAUGCUUUCAACUAUUGUAAGCUUGGACUAACUACCUUGUUAUUUAACAGUGAUCAGACUGCAUUUAUGUGGCUGGUCAUAAACUUAUUUGUUUGAUUUGUUCUGCUUUGUGGUGAAAUGGAUCAUCACUCCUUGUUGUUUUUCUCUGGAGCUCUUCUUUUUCAUUAUCAUUCAUUAUUAUUAUCUCUUUUUCAGCUAACGUUAUGUGAUUUUAACAGCAUUUUUAUACCUCAUAAAUAUUCAAUAUUUUUUUAUUUGGACCUUCGAGGACUAGCUCAGACGUGGAUAAAAGACGGACUGAAGCUUCCUGUCUGCAUAUAGAUUUUAGAAAAUCUUGCAUCAGGUUUUCAUUUGAGUUCAGUUUUAUUCAUCACACGACUUGCGACCACUGAACCUCUUCAAAUGAUCAGCGCUUGAGCUGAGCCCUUUUCAUUGGAUCCAUUUCAAUUAUGAAUGAAUGUCAUUCUCUCUGGCUUUUCUUUAUUGGAAGUGAAAAGAAACUGGGCUUCAUGGCUGCAGGAACAGUUCACACACGGGAUGUGGUGGCACUGUCUCCUCAUAGGAUAGAGAUUGUAUAUUAUUGGCUUUCUGAAGUCAGCACCUUUUCAUGCUGUCAAAAUUGAACACAGACAUCCAACAAGGCUCUAGUCUCUGAUGUAUUUAUUACACACGUCAGUGUCUCCAACGAUUUCUAAACUCAACCAAUCAACAUGUAGAUAAUUACCAUGACACAAACAUAUCUUAAAGCUGCAGUAGGUAACUUUUAUGAAAAAAAAUUCUUGUCAUAUUUGUUGAAACUUUGAGUAUAUCCUGACAGUAGUACAUGAGACAGAUAAUCUGUAACGAAAUCAGGUUCUUCUGGCUCCUCCUAGUGCGCCUAAUGGCAUUUGAAAAAAGUUCACAGGGCCUGGAUCGUGUUUCUCCAGCAUGAUUUAAUACUAACAACAGUACAUUUAGGGAGUGGUUGCGCUUUAAAUUAGCAUGAAAUACUUUUACAAUGCUUAAUUUCUUGUUGUGCUGAAACUCUCAACUGCUACCCACUUUCUGUAUAAGAGCAAUACUGAAAACAUUUAAUGCAACAAGAUUAUGGAGGAGAAACCACAGAUAGGGUAGAUAUCAAAAACAACACCAGCUAACUUCACCAAUUAUCUGCAAUGAGAUAAAAGAAAUAAGUGGAAUGUGGCUUUUGGUGUUACUGCUUGCUAGUCGAGUCAAAGUGUUUGUACAGCAAGAUAAAACCUUGACCGGGCCUUUAGUUGAUGAUUUGUCACAUUCACACCUGGCAGGUGUGGAUCUAGACAAAUAUUCAUGGAGGGCAGAAAUAUAUGAUGAUUUAAUUGCAAACAUAUAUUUGCUUGUAAAAGCCCCCAAAUUCAGAUAUUGUCUCUAAAAAAAACAUUACAUUGUUGUGGCACAUUUGUAAAGCAUUGAAUAGAAUGAAUUUCUACGUUAUUUUUAUUUGAUUUUAUUCGCAUUUGAUACCAAACUGGGGUGGCAGUUGGGGUGUCCGAGCAUUUUCUAGGGGUGGCGGAUCCACCCCUCUAGAUCUGCCCCCAGGGAGAGAUACAGUGAGUUCAAGAUAUAAUUAGAUUUCAGUUUGUAGUAUCCAAUAUAUCAAUAUUAUACCCAAAUUGAUUAACUUAUAAAGGAUAAGUUUUUUAAUAUUUUUCUGGAAAAAUUGGGAAAAAUUAUAGGGAUUUUAUAAUAGUGGCUGUUAUCUUAUUUGGAUUCCUACUUUGGAAAAAGUCAUGGUUUAACGUAGUUACCAUAUUACUAAUUUUGGAGCCUUAACAUUAAAAGAUGUGUUGCUUUCUAAAUUCUUGAAGGACUCACAGCAUGGAAAUGGCAACCUAGAAGAGCUCAUACAAGUCUUAGUUUGUGGAUUUAAUGCCACAGUCAACAUGUUUUACAACAACAUUUGAACCAUAGAAAGUACAUUUACAUGUGUUAUAUGGGUUUUACGGAAGCAUCCUGGUUAUGUUAUGUGCAUGUAAACGUCAGAUCCUGGUUUCAGAAACGUGGAUAUGCUACCUGGACAGAGUAUUAUGAUCAUGUUUACAGGGAUAUGAAUAACCAGGUUUUUCAUGUUCUUUGUAAACUCCUUACCCCUGAAUAUGAGCAAAAACAGGAUAAGACUAAAAACCAGCGUGUGCAUGUAAACAAACUCAUAAGAGAGUGAAAAAAAUGUGACUUCUUGCAGCCCAGAAUCCUUCAGUUCUGCCCGUCUGUGCAUAGUGUGCUGACUGCGUCCCUGAACCUGCAGUGCUGUGGACUUUUUGUGUUUGUCUGCAUGGUGUUAGAGGGACGGGCUGGACGGGCGUGGCUCCGUCUGACUAUGUUUGCAGGAUCAGAUUUGUGCCACUGCAGCACAG